UUGGAGAGUCGCUUUCUCCCUCCUUGCGCGGACCAGGGGCCACUCUUGGUCCACUGAGCGCGUGGCGUCUCCGCUGCGACCAGCCGCCUGCGGGGCUGCCACACUCCGGGCCUCGAGAGCGCGCGGGCGAGCAGGGCCGGAGCUGCGGUCGCCCAGGGCGCGCCCUCCAGGAUGCUGACCCGCCCAGUCCGCUGAACUCGAGCGCUCCUCCUCAGCCCGAGCGCCGGCGCCUCCUCCACCUCGUCCCGAGGCUUCGCUCCGCCGGGGCUGUCCCUACCGGCUCUUUCCUCUCGCGCGCCUCGCUCUCACUCUCCAGGCCUUCCUCGCUCCCCCGGCCGCAGUCCGUGCGUGCAGGCGGUGGCGAUCUGUCUCGGACGCAGCAUGCAGGCGCGCUACUCGGUGACCGACCCCAACGCCCUGGGAGUGGCGCCCUACUUGAGCGAGCAGAAUUACUACCGGGCGGCGGGCAGCUACGGCGGCAUGGCCAGCCCCAUGGGCGUCUACUCAGGUCACCCGGAGCAGUACGGCGCGGGCAUGGGCCGCUCCUACGCGCCCUACCACCACCACCCGCCCGCGGCGCCCAAGGACCUGGUAAAGCCGCCCUACAGCUACAUCGCUCUCAUAACCAUGGCGAUCCAGAACGCGCCAGAGAAGAAGAUCACCCUGAACGGCAUCUACCAGUUCAUCAUGGACCGCUUCCCCUUCUACAGAGAAAAUAAGCAGGGCUGGCAGAACAGUAUCCGCCACAACCUCUCGCUCAACGAGUGCUUCGUCAAGGUGCCCCGCGACGACAAGAAACCUGGCAAGGGCAGCUACUGGACGCUGGACCCUGACUCCUACAAUAUGUUCGAAAACGGCAGCUUCCUGCGGCGCCGGCGGCGCUUCAAAAAGAAGGACGUGCCCAAGGAAAAGGAGGAGCGGGCCCACCUCAAGGAGCCGCCCCCGCCGGCGUCCAAGGGCGCCCCGGCCGGGCCCCCCCUAGCGGACGCCCCCAAGGAGGCCGAGAAGAAAGUGGUGAUCAAGAGCGAGGCGGCAUCGCCGGCGCUGCCGGUCAUCACCAAGGUGGAGACGCUGAGCCCCGAGAGCGCGCUCCAGGGCAGCCCGCGCAGCGCGGCCUCCACGCCGGCGGGCUCUCCCGACGGCUCGCUGCCGGAGCACCACGCAGCGGCGCCCAACGGGUUGCCCGGCUUUAGCGUGGAGAACAUCAUGACGCUGCGAACGUCGCCGCCGGGCGGCGAACUGAGCCCCGCGGCCGGGCGCGCGGGCCUGGUGGUGCCGCCGCUGGCGCUGCCCUACGCUGCCGCGCCGCCUGCCGCCUAUGGUCAGCCGUGCGCGCAGGGCCUGGAGGCCGGGGGCGCGGGGGGCUACCAGUGCAGCAUGCGCGCCAUGAGCCUGUACACUGGGGCCGAGCGACCCGCUCACAUGUGCGUCCCGUCCGCCCUGGACGAGGCCCUCUCGGACCACCCGAGCGGCCCCGCAUCACCGCUGAGCGCCCUCAACCUCGCAGCUGGCCAGGAGGGCGCGCUCGCUGCUGCGGGCCACCACCACCAGCAUCACGGUCACCACCACCCGCAGGCACCACCGCCCCCACCCGCUCCGCAGCCCCAGCCGGCGCCGCAGCCCGGGUCCGCAGCGGCCCCGGCGGCUUCGUGGUAUCUCAACCACAGCGGGGACCUAAACCACCUCUCCGGUCAUACGUUCGCGGCCCAGCAGCAGACUUUCCCCAACGUCCGGGAGAUGUUCAACUCCCAUCGGCUGGGAAUUGAAAAUUCGACCCUCGGGGAGUCCCAGGUGAGCAAUGCGAGCUGUCAACUGCCCUACAGAGCCACGCCGUCCCUCUACCGCCACGCAACCCCAUAUUCCUACGACUGCACGAAAUACUGACCCGCCCCAGCAUUUCCCUGCUCCGGGCCUCGCCUCCAGGCGCGAUCCUGUCAGACUUCGAAGGCUGCAGAGACAGACACAAAGAAACAAAACAUGUCCACCGACUCUUUCUCAGACCCGGGAGCAGAGAGCUCGUGCGCCCGCCUCCAGCCGUCUGAAGCUGUGCAGGUGGUGCAGGAUGCCACACCGCGUGUCUUUGAAUCACCCGGUGGGAAACCUUUUCCAUUUGCUUCCACACCUACUGAUUACAUCGAG